UUAGGAACGGCUUCCAAACUACUGCAAUUGACAUGGGACUAAAAUAUAUUUAAAUUUGUAAACAAUGCUUGUGAAUUAAGCACGGUAGUAAUAACACUCAUUGUUUUGAUAUCGUGUUAUGUGUCAGUGUGAAACUGAUUGUAAUAGUGUUUUGUCUUCCUAUUAGGUCAGGACAAAACAAUUUACUUCCUUGUUACAACAUAAACAGGUCGGACUGAAUGAUCAUCUAUUUGAUUUAGUUUGUGAGUUAUUUUUAAACUCAAGAGAGAAAAUGGCAUCUAAUUUCGAAUCAUCAAUUCAAAGGGGCUGUGACUUCAUUCACGAUUUUUCCUGCUCUCCGUGUGAAGAGAACGGAUUUAACACAGAAGCUCACCAUUAUUGUACUCAAUGCACAAAAUAUUACUGCCAAAACUGUGUUUCAAAACAUAACGGAUUAUAUCAGAAGCACGCGGUGCUCGGCCGGAAGGAAGUGAAUAAAUGGGAGUCAGCCCCAAGGGUAGUUGACGCCCUGGAGAGAUGCGGGAUGCACCCCGGGGAGGCGCUGAAGCUGGUAUGUGGUGACCAUGACCAGCUGUGCUGUUCUGUAUGCGUUGCCAUUGACCACAGACAAUGCUCCAAAAUCCAACACAUUCCAGAUGUAGCAAAAGGUGUUCAGAGAAAUAUUGAGUUUCAACAAAUUCCAAAGAAGAUAGCUGAAGUUCAAAAGCAAUUCGAGAAGAUGAAAGAAGCACGAUUGAAGAAUACGACAUCUCUGAAAAAGACGCGGGCAGCCAUUUCUGACGAAAUUAAAACCAUACGUAAAAGGAUCAACGAAAUCCUUGACAAGAUUGAGAAAACAACUUUACAGAACUUGGACGGAAUGAUAGCUGAACUUGAAAAAAAACUAAAGAAAGAUAUCGAAACUUGUGAUAAAAUGACGAUCGAAUUACAAAACAUGAUUGCCGCUUUUCAAACCAAAGCAAAAUCAAGCGAGUCAAAAUCAUAUAUUGCGUACAGAAAGAGCCAGGAUAUGAUUUCACAAGCAAACGAUCAUCUUCGUGGCAUAUCAAUCAUUGAGUGUUACAAUGUAACGUUUCAAGCCAAUAACCUUAUAGAAGAAAUUUUAUCUUCAAUAAAGACAUUUGGAUCUAUUGAAGAACAAACUGUAAUGACCAAACAGCGAGAAGAUCCCCUUGCCGAUCCAAGCCACGUAUUCAGUGUUGCAGAGUACAAGGAGUACCAUGUGAAGAUGAGUGAUGACAAAUAUCUAUGUUAUAUCCAUGGCGUAUGUGAAAUGUCUUGUGGAGAGUUUGUCAUAGCAGACUUUAAUAAUUGUAAAGUGACGCUCUUUGACAAGGAGUUUAGGAUGCUCGACCACUGUGUUGUCCCUGAGUAUCCAUGGGACGUGUGCCACAUUGGCGGAAAUGAAGUGGCCGUUUGUGUUAACAGUGAGCUUUAUUUCAUUAAUGCUACGAAAGGGAGACUCGUAACUACGAGGAAGUUAAGUUUAACCCAUCACUGUUAUACCGCAGCUCAUCAUGGUGGCCAGCUUUACAUCUCCUCCGGUACUGCCCUGUUCAUCUACACGAUCUCGGGGCAGAAGGUGAAGAUGUUGUACGAGAACAAGUCUGGGAAUUGGACGGUGAGGAAAUGUGCCAUCAGUAACGACGGGGAAACAAUCUACAUUACAAACAACAAUAAACAUCAACUGAUCACCCUGGACAACAACGGUAACCAGCUGGCCGUACUCACUGACCCUGACAUGAAAAAUCCUACCGGAGUACACGUGACAGCUACUGGACACGUGUUCGUCUGCUGCUGCGGAUCCAAUACAGUGCUGCAGGUUGACAAAGACGGGAAGAAGAAGUUGGCCACAUUGGCAAGGAAAGACGACGGAAUGAGCGGACCGAGUGGUUUAUUUUUCAGCAGCCGCACUUCUUCUCUGAUUGUUGUUGGAGAGAAAGACACACUUCUUGUUAUCAAGUUUAUUUGAUACUUAAAACUAUCAAUGUUUGAUUUGGUACAGUACUAUCGAACUUGGAUCUUUUUAUUUGUUGCAAAGUAUAUUACAGUAUUGCCAUAUAUAACUGUUUUGUUAAGACCGUUGGCUAUAUGUAAUAUGAUAUGAUUCCAAAAGCUUCUUGUGAAUACUUUAUUAUUAUUUAUUUUUAUUUUAUCUAAUUCGGCACAAUUUAUAUAACACAAACCACUUGUAACAUUAUGUUCUUUCUGAUGCAUGUAAAUUGUUCAAUAUCCGUGUAUAUAAAUUGCC